AUGCAGCUGACAGAAUCAGUGCUCUCAGUUGGGGAACUGCCGGCCUACCCUAAGAGGCGUGGGCCCAGUACCACUGUCGAUGACCGUCAGGUGCUCCUGCAUGUCUACGACUUGGAUAAGGUGGUCAGCCAUCUUAAUGCUGUGACUCGAGCCUUCUCCUGGGGAGCCUUCCAUGUCGGUGUGGAGGUAUAUGGAGAGGAAUGGAGCUUUGGUCAGACCACCAACCCCGAGGCUACCGGGCUCUGCAUGAUCCGCCCUAAGUCCCAUGAAGUCCACAUCUACAGGGAGUCCGUGGUGAUGGGCGAGACUGACCUUAGUCGUGGUAGUCGAUUCUGUAUGGAGGCUCCUGAUGGCACUUCGGAAGGCCAUCGACUAGGCUGCGAUAAGGAGAUGCCCCCGUGGGUUGAGGCUUUGCCUAGUCGUACGGAGGGGUAG